CCAAGACCCAGACGACUGCAGGAUCCCGGGCAGCUGCGAGUUAGGCGACAACAUGAAUGGUUUGGGAGACUGGGUGGCCGAGAACGUGAGCCAGGCGGGGGGCACGGGCUGGCAACCCGAGGCGGUCCUCGUGCCCCUGCUCUUCGCUCUCAUCUUCCUCGUGGGCACCGUGGGCAACGUGCUGGUGCUGGCCGUGCUGCUGCGAGGCGGCCAGGCUGUCAGCACCACCAAUCUGUUUAUCCUCAACCUGGGCGUGGCCGACCUGUGUUUCAUCCUGUGCUGCGUGCCCUUCCAGGCCACCAUCUACACCUUGGACGGCUGGGUGUUCGGUUCGYUGCUCUGCAAGGCCGUGCACUUUCUCAUCUUCCUCACCAUGCACGCCAGCAGCUUCACGUUAGCUGCCGUCUCCCUGGACAGGUAUCUGGCCAUCCGCUAUCCGCUGCACUCCCGCGAGCUGCGCACGCCUCGAAACGCGCUGGCAGCCAUCGGGCUCAUCUGGGUGCUGGCGCUGCUCUUCUCUGGGCCCUACCUGAGCUACUACCGCCAGUCGCAGCUGGCCAACCUGACAGUGUGCCACCCAGCAUGGAGCGCGCCACGCCGCCGCGCCAUGGACCUCUGCACCUUUGUCUUCAGCUACUUGUUGCCAGUGCUGGUUCUUGGACUGACCUACACUCUCACUCUGCGCUACCUCUGGCGCGCCGUCGACCCGGUGGCUGCGGGCUCUGGUGCCCAACGCGCCAAGCGCAAGGUGACACGUAUGAUUGUCAUUGUGGCCGCGCUCUUUUGCCUCUGUUGGAUGCCCCACCACGCGCUUAUCCUCUGCGUGUGGUUCGGUCACUUUCCGCUCACGGGCGCCACUUAUGCGCUGCGCAUCUUCUCACACCUGGUCUCGUAUGCCAACUCCUGCGUCAACCCCAUCGUCUAUGCGCUGGUCUCCAAGCAUUUCCGCAAGGGCUUCCGCAAAAUCUUCGCAGGCCUGCUGGACAGCACACCACGCCAAGCCUCAGGUCGCGUGUGCAUUGCGGCACCUGGCACCCACAAUGGCAGCGUGCUGGAGCGUGAGUCCACCGAUCUGACGCAUGUGAGCGAGGUGGCUGGGCUCCCUGUCUCUGUCCGGGAUCUUGCCAGCUGUGCAGCCUCUGGCCCUUCCCAGCACCAAAAGACCCUCAACAUCCUGACAGUUAAUGAGACCUGAGAGCACAACGGGAAACAGGCUUGGAUGUUGAAGGGCUGGAGU